AUGCCUGCUUCUAACAUUCGGAAAGUCGCCCAAAAAAUCCCAGAAAUUCCGACUGCAGAUAGUCUCCAGCCUCAGGCAGGGUCGAUCACCACCAACCAGCCUCACCGUCGCUCUGCCGCCCUAACACUCGAGGAGCAUCGCAUCUCCAAUCUCGAGCCUCUCAUCGCUUCUUCUCCACCUCUGUCUACCUACACCCCAUACUCGCCCUCGACCAUGUCUCUGUUGCGAACGACUGUGGCCGGUGCCUCGCGCUCCAGCGGUGUGCUUCGCACUACGUCCGCCUCCGUGCGCCACCUCUCGACGUCCAGGGUCAACGCCGCAGCUCGCGACGCCAAGGAUCCUCAGCUGGGCGACUACCCGGACCUGCCGUUUGUCAGCCUGCAGCAGCGCAAAUACUCGCCCAAGUGGUGGGACACACAAGAAAAGCGAAACUUUGGCGAGACGCUUCACGAGCAAGACGAUGUGCUUUCGGUCUGGGCGCCUGACGUACACGCCGUGCCCGCCAGCUCGGCACUCCGCCAGUUCAUCGUUGCCAUCGGCGUCGUCGGCGUAUUUGGCUCCAUCGUCUAUGCUGCCACGCCCGAAAAGCCCGCACUGCCAAGGACGUACCCGCGAGACGGCCUCGCCGCCGAACUUGGAGGCGAGCAGGUUGCAGCUCCUAAGGAAGGCGCUUUCAGCGGGGAGGAGGACGAGGAGGAGGACGACGAAUAG